AUGGCUUCCAAGACUUUGGUUCUGUUGGGUCUCUUUGCAAUUCUUCUCGUCGUUUCAGAAAUGGUUGCAGCAUCGGGCACAGUGAAGCCACAGAUGAUGGAGGACCCUGUGCAACCUGAUGGAUACAGAGGUGGAGGAGGACGAGGAGGAGGAUACGAUAAUGGAGGAGGACGAGGAGGAGGAUACAGUGGAGGAGGAGGACGAGGAGGAGGAUACGAUAAUGGAGGAGGACGAGGAGGAGGAUACAGUGGAGGAGGAGGACGAGGAGGAGGAUACAGUGGAGGAGGAGGAAGCAAGGGCGGUGGUUACAAGGGAGGCGGAGGAUACAAGGGAGGAAGAGGAGGCCACGGAGGACGCGGGGGACCUGGAGCAGAAGCUGGUAACUAA